ACGAGGAUUGCUAUAUCCCCAAGGAUAUAUGGUCUCCCAAAGAUCCAUAAGAAGGAUAUGCCAUUACGUCCUAUCUGCUCAUCGAUCAACUCACCUUCAUACAAUCUGAGUAAAUAUAUAAUUGACAUUUAAAAAAAUUGACAAAUGAUUCUAUUUAUAACGUAAGAGACGCAAAGGAAUUUAAGAAUAGAAUUGACAGCACACGAAUAGAGGAUGAUGAGAUACUGGUAUCAUUCGACGUAGUCUCUUUAUUUCCCAGUAUUCCAAUAAACCUGGCAAUGAAGAUUAUAGACAGAAAAUGGCAUAUGUUAGAAGAACAUACGAAAAUACCAAGAGAAUUGUUUAUGGAUAUAUUGACGUUUUGUAUAAAAGAUUGUAGAUAUUUUAAAUUUAUGCCCCGAUUACGGUUCACAACACAAAAAUGUUGUGUUGUCUCGGAUACAACUCAACAUAAACUUUUUUUUCUAUUAUGAUUUACAACACCUAGUUGUUGAGUAUGUCACAGAGUUGCAUUUUAAUUGUAGUACACAUUUCCCUAAAAAUACAUACCUGCGAGCGAAAAAUUUCAAUUAAAAAAACGUUUAAGAAAAUUUAUAUUGCGACUAAAUAAAAAAUAAUGGAUAUUAACGUAGAAUUAUUUUUUAAUGAUGAUAAUGAUGAGGGUAGCAAAAAAACGCACAUGGCACGUAUCCGGAAAAGUAUUCGGGACAGUUCCAAUCCAUUGGAACUACCAAACGCUGAUUUUAUAAAUUUUUUUCGCAUAAACAAGGAUUGUUUUUUGUUAUUGCUGCAAAAACUGGAUAUUUUUUUAAAGCCUUCCACUCGGUGUUCUGCCAUUCCACCAGUUUUAAAGUUGUGUUGUGCUUUGAGAUUUUUUGCUGAUGGUAGCUACCAAAAAUGUAGCGGGAAUGAUUUUAAUGUUGGCGUUUCGCAACCAACUGUUUCCUGCAUUUUGAAAGAAAUAAUACAAUUCUUUGAACAAAAAAUUUGCAAAAAGUGGAUAAAUGCUCGGAUGACGGAAGAGGAAAAGAGCAAUAGUAAGACGUCCUUUUACUCAAAAACACGAUUUCCAGGAGUAAUUGGCUGUAUAGAUGGUACACACGUACGAAUUGUAGCGCCUCCAAAGGAAUUACAACAUCUAUAUUUAAACAGAAAGGGAUAUUACAGCUUGAAUGUUAUGAUUUUGUGCGACUUUGAAAUGAAUGAUGCUCGAUAUCCCGGUUCUAACCAUGACUCCUUCGUGUGGAAUAUGAGCGAACUAAAACAAUAUUUACAAAAUACAAUGGAGGAUAAUACCUGGAUUUUAGGUGAUGCCGGGUAUCCAUUGGAACCAUUUUUAAUAACGCCAUUUCGAAGCGCUGCAGAAGGAUCACAAGAAAGACGCUUUAAUACAGUUCAUGCAAAAGCAAGAAAUAUUAUUGAAAGAACAAUUGGGGUUCUUAAAAGCAGAUUUCGAUGUUUGCUUUCUGCAAGAGGUUUGCACUAUGCUCCGGAAAAAGCAACUCAAAUUACAAAUGUGUGUUGCGCAUUGCAUAAUUUAAGCCAACACUUCAAGACCGAAUUUCAUGAUGAAACGAUUUUGCCUAUAAAUACAUACAUAGAUGUUGGGGAAGCUACAGAAAGAAACAUAGAAGAGUCCUCACAACAAAUUAGAAAUAAUUUAAUGCUAGCAAUUCUAAACGAAUAAACAUUAUUUUUAAAUUAUAUUCAUUGCUUUUAUUUCACUUCAAAAGUAGUUAGUAGUAAAAAAGAAAAAAAUCGUAAAAAUAUCACAAAUGUAUAGAAAAUAAAAGAAAAACUUAAAUAUAUGUAUAUAAAAUAGUUAACAUUAAAAAGAAAAAAGUAAAAAUAUCACAAAAAUUCAUGUUUUUUAUGUGAUCACAUAGAAAACAAAAACUUAAAAAAGGAAAAAAUUCAUUGUGUCUUCUAUGUGAUCACAUACAUUCUUAAUCUAUUAAAACAAAAUUAAAGACUUGUACAUCACAUCUCUUCUAUUCUCUUAUUUGUAAGU